UCUUUAUUACCACUCCCCGCCUUAUUCUCUCCCCGCCUUAGUGCGGAUGUGACGCCGAGGUUUCCGUCGGCCGCCAUGGGCAGGAAGGAGCGGGACAAGAAGAAGGGCAAGAAGCGGCACCACGAGGACGACGAGGAGGAGGAGGAUGAGGCUCCCGGGAAGGACUCGCAGGAGGCCGUGCCCUCGGCGGCGGGGAAGCAGGUGGAGGACAGCGGCGCUAAGCUGGACGAGUACGGCGCUAAGGACUAUCGGCUGCAGAUGCCGCUCAAGGCUGACAGCGCCUCGCGGCCGCUCUGGGUGGCUCCUGACGGCCAUAUCUUCCUGGAAGCCUUUUCUCCUGUUUACAAAUACGCCCAGGAUUUUCUAGUUGCCAUUGCUGAGCCCGUGUGCAGACCGACCCACAUCCACGAGUACAAGCUGACCGCAUACUCCCUGUACGCUGCCGUCAGUGUGGGCCUGCAGACCAGCGACAUCACCGAGUACCUGCAGAAACUCAGCAAGACCGGCGUGCCAGAGGGGAUCAUCCAGUUCAUCAAGCUCUGUACGGUCAGCUAUGGGAAGGUGAAGCUGGUGCUGAAACGCAACAGGUAUUUUGUGGAAAGUACCCAUCCUGAUGUCAUCCAGCAGCUUCUGCAAGACCACGUUAUUAAAGACUGUCGCCUGAGAAAUGCCGAAGGUGAAGAAACGGAGCUCAUUACAGAGACAUUCACAAGUAAAUCAGCGAUUUCCAAGUCCAGUGAAAGUGGCUUUGGUCCAUCCACGUCACAAGAAGCAGAUGUUCAAAACAAGCCGGAUGUCCCAGCUGAUUUAUAUGAGUUUUAUGAGCAGAUGGACAAAGAUGAGGAGGAGGAGGAAGAAACACAGACAGUGUCUUUUGAAGUCAAGCAGGAGAUGAUUGAAGAACUUCAGAAGCGUUGUAUCCAUUUGGAGUACCCCUUGCUGGCAGAAUAUGAUUUCAGAAAUGAUUCUGUGAAUCCUGAUAUUAAUAUAGAUCUGAAACCUACAGCUGUCCUCAGACCCUAUCAAGAGAAAAGCCUGAGGAAGAUGUUUGGAAAUGGACGAGCCAGAUCUGGUGUUAUUGUCUUGCCAUGUGGUGCUGGCAAGUCUCUAGUUGGAGUGACAGCAGCGUGCACUGUCCGCAAGAGGUGUCUGGUCCUUGGUAACUCUGCAGUGUCUGUAGAGCAGUGGAAAGCACAGUUCAAGAUGUGGUCCACCAUUGAUGACAGUCAGAUCUGUCGGUUCACCUCUGAUGCCAAAGAUAAGCCCAUUGACUGCUCUAUUGCUAUCAGCACGUAUUCCAUGUUGGGACACACGACUAAAAGAUCCUGGGAAGCAGAGAGAGUAAUGGAGUGGCUUAAAAGUCGAGAGUGGGGCCUUAUGAUACUCGAUGAAGUGCACACUAUUCCUGCAAAAAUGUUCAGACGUGUGCUCACUAUUGUACAAGCUCAUUGUAAGCUGGGACUGACUGCCACCCUGGUCAGAGAAGAUGAUAAAAUUGUUGAUCUGAACUUCCUGAUUGGACCAAAGCUCUAUGAGGCCAACUGGAUGGAGCUGCAGAACAGUGGCUACAUUGCUAAAGUCCAAUGUGCUGAGGUUUGGUGCCCAAUGUCACCUGAAUUUUACAGAGAAUACGUAGCCAUCAAAACAAAGAAGCGGAUACUGCUGUACACCAUGAACCCAAAUAAGUUUCGAGCUUGCCAGUUCCUGAUUAAGUUUCACGAGAGACGGAAUGAUAAAAUCAUUGUUUUUGCUGACAAUGUGUUUGCACUGAAGGAGUACGCCAUCAGACUUGGGAAACCAUACAUAUAUGGUCCUACCGCACAAGGAGAAAGAAUGCAAAUUCUACAAAACUUCAAGCACAAUCCAAAAAUCAACACCAUUUUCAUUUCAAAGGUGGGUGACACAUCCUUUGAUCUACCUGAAGCCAAUGUUCUGAUCCAGAUUUCAUCCCACGGCGGAUCUCGAAGACAGGAGGCUCAAAGACUGGGGCGAGUACUGAGAGCCAAAAAAGGCAUGGUUGCAGAGGAAUACAAUGCCUUUUUUUAUUCUCUCGUAUCCCAAGACACGCAGGAAAUGGCAUAUUCAACAAAGCGACAACGGUUUCUCGUGGAUCAAGGCUAUAGCUUCAAGGUAAUAACAAAGCUUGCAGGCAUGGAAGAAGAAGAACUUUCAUUUUCAACCAAAGAAGAACAGCAGCAACUUCUUCAGAAAGUACUACAGGCAUCUGACCUAGAUGCUGAGGAGGAGGUUGUUGCUGGAGAAUAUGGUUCAAAGUCAGUUCAGAUGUCACGUCGUACAGGCACAAUGAGCUCGAUGUCAGGAGCAGAUGAUGCAGUUUAUAUGGAAUAUCACUCAUCUCGGAGUAAGGCGUCUUCAAAUAAGCACAUCCACCCGCUAUUUAAGCGUUUCAGGAAGUGAUGUCCUUCAUGUGUGCGUUCUAUAAGAACUGUCCAUCUAUGUACAUCUUUCCACAACUAAAAAUAUGGCAGGUCCUCUAAAAGGCAUCUUUGUGUGCAUCCGUAUAGCCACGUUUUUGUUUAGCAACAUUUAUGUUCUUGUGAUUGAAUGUGAAAGAAGAACUAAAUCUCAUCAUGGAGAUAUAUAUUAUCCAGUGACUGGAUCCUGGCUGUACCUGUCUGGUUUUCAGCGUGAACAGAUCUUAUUUUUAUUGGCUGAAGACACUUUUUCAGGUGAAUUCUGGAAAGGUUUUGUAUAUGAGCUUUGUACUGAUGUUAGAAAUAUUUAUCUGAUUACUGUCUACUUAGCAAAACACUGAUGUUUAAAUUGCUUAAACAAAAGUUAUUGAGUCUUGUUAGGAGCACUUUACAUAAUGUUUUUCAACUGGGGCUAGUUGAUAACCAUGACUUAACUUGUUUUAAAAUCCUACCAAAUUGGCUGAAAUAUUUCAAAGUUUCAGGAUGAAGAGAAAGUAAACUAGAGGAAAGCGUUCGUAAGUACAAAUAAACUGUGCUCCAUUUCCCUUAUUUUUGUUGCUACUGUUGAGAUGUUUCUGAAAUAAAAGCUGUUUCCCUUGUU